CACCGUCAUCCAGGGGAACCUGCACAUCAACAUCAGGAGGGGCCACAACCUUGUGGCAGAGCUGGAGAGUUUCACCGGGUUGAUCCAGAGGGUGACGGGGAACGUGAGGAUCAGACACUCACACACUCUGACAUCACUGGCAUUCCUGCGCAGCCUGAAACACAUCGAGGGGAGAGAGCUGCUGGACGACAUGUACGCCUUUGUUGCCGUGGACAACCAGCAGCUCCAGUAUCUAUGGGACUGGAAGCAGCACAACCUGAGCAUCUCGGCGGGAAAACUGUUCUUCAGAGCAAACCCCAAACUCUGCAUGUCUGAGAUACGAAAGAUGUGGAACAAGACGGGCAUUCAGGGACACUUUGAAGAGAGUGACUUCAGGAACAAUGGAGACAGAGCCAGCUGUGAAAGCACCAUCCUGAGGUUUAAGUCCAACAGCACCAUGAGCACGAGGAUCAAACUGACCUGGCAGCGGUACCGCCCGACGGACUUCAGAGACCUCAUCAGCUUCAUCGUGUACUACAAGGAGGC